CUCUGCACUCUGACGCAACAGGAAGUAGCAGCAGCAGAGACGAAGAGAGUCACAGCUGUACGAUCAGACAUCAGAAAUAAUCAAUAAUCCAUACACAGAGCUGAUCAGCCAGAGCUCAGUGCUGUCCACCUGUUCUACCUGUGAUGAUGUCAGCACUGCAGCUUCCAUGCUGAGCUGCGGCUGCAGGUGAUCAGAGGUCACUGAUAAUCAAUAAUCCAUACAGACUGUUGGUGGCGGUGGUGUGAGGUUGUGAUGAUGUCAGCACUGCAGCUUCCUGCCGAGCUGUGGCUGCAGGUGUUCAGCUUCCUGUCCUGGAGAGACAAACUGAGCGUACGCUGCACCUGUUCACACUUCAGACACCUGCUGGAUAAGUCCCGCCCCCUGUGGCGAGGUUUCAACGUCGUGCUGCGAAACUUCUCACGAUACAACCGGCCAUUCUGGCGCAGCCUGGCUCAGAGGCACGUGGGCAGUGUGUCAGUGCACUCAGGCAAGAGGAAACACCUGAAGCAGCUGUCUACCUGGCUUCCUGCUCUCGACGCGCUGCGAUUGGACGACUGGUUGGAAGGAGGAGCCGAUGAGCUGAAACAGUUCCGCUGGCUGCAGCGUCUAUCUGUCACUUCCUGUUCCACGCCGCUUAAGAAUGUCGACUUCCUGUUUCCUCUGAGUCGUCAGCUGAAGCAGCUCAGCCUCUGUAAUGUGCAGCUCACCUGUCCCGCCUCUCACCUGUUGACCGCCAUCAGUCAGCUGACUCGUCUCACCUCACUGCUGCUGCACCACGACGGCAGUCUGAGAGUCCCAACGCUCAGCGGCGUCCUGACUCACCUGACUGAGCUGAAACACCUGUCCUGGACCAUGAUCACCUACAAGACACUGUCACGUGACUUCUUCAGCCCCGCCCACCUCACAGCAGGUGGCGCUCUGCAGCUGUCUGACCUGCAGUUGUUGAACUACGACGCCGUGGUGACACAGGAAGUCCUGCAGCCUUUGUCCCGCCUCCGCAGCCUGUCCAUCUUCCACCUGUACUCUGUACCUGGACCCACCUGUCACCUGCAAACAUGGCUGACGUCACUGCCGCACCUUCACAGCCUCAACGUGCACGGAGGCCACCCCCUGGCGGCGUACGCUGACUUCCUGCCCUCCUCCCUCCUCAGUCUGACUCUCUGUGUGGAUCUGCAGCCUGAAGACCUGCAGGUGGUCUCACACAGAGCUCCUCACCUGGAACACCUGCACCUGGAGCCCUGGAGCUCCUCCUCCAACCUGGUCAGACUGCUUCCACAGCUGUUCCCUCACCUGAGGACGCUCCGCAUCAGACAUCAACACGUAUCGGAUGCCGACUUCCUGUGUCUGCAGCAGCUGCAGAGUCUCGACACUCUGGAGGUUCUGGACUCGUACUACAGACCGGACCCCGCCGACCCGAGCUGGGUCGUCUACGAACCGAGUCCUCGUCUGCUGCAGCUGAUCUCCGACCUGCAGAAACUGACCAAUCACAGAGUCCGAGUCAUCACCAGCUCACACAGAGACCCACUCACCUGCGACUGUGUCUGACCAAUCAGAGACCGCCUGAUGUCACAACAGCGUCUGUUCUCGUUAAAUAUUUAAAUUACGUUGUUAACGAAGGUGCCUUUUUAUUUGUGAUUGAUAUCACUGCUGCAUAAUGGGUAACGCUGAGAUUGCUCAACGCUGACUUUUAUAUUUACAGGUAAAAUUACAGUUUGAAGUUCUUAAUAAAUAUUUUAAAUAAUCAACAAGGUGCCUUUUUGCUGUAAGUUGCUACCACUGCUGCAUUAUGGGUAAGGUUGCUCAAUGCUGAAUUUCACAUUUACAGUUGGAAGUUCAAAAGAUUAAAUAUAAAUAUUUAAUAAUAAUGUUUUUGAAUCAAACAUUUUGUCCUGAUAAGAUAUUGAAUAUGAGUCUUAAUAAAGUUUGUUAGUGAUUAA